AUGUCCACAUACGGCGCGACCUCAGCCCUUGUACGAACGCCGAGUUCAUCGUCGUCCCCUUCUACACGCACGAAAAUACUUCUCCUUGGCCAGCGCCGUGCAGGAAAAUCUUCAAUCAAAGAGGUCCUUUUCAAUGCGCUCCCGCCAAAGCAGACUUUUCAUCUCGAAACGACAAUGCGCGUUGACCGGCACCCUUACGACACGAUUAUUCCGCUCGAGAUUUGGGACUGCCCGGGGAACAUAACCGUCGACACACUUGGCGCGCCACUGUGUCGCAAUUUGGGGCUCUUAUAUUCGUCAUUGAUAUUCGUGCUCUUUCAGGAUGUGUUCAAGCAGCCCAUAAACAAGCUGGUGGAGUUCAUUGUGGCUGCACAACAGCAAAACCCGUCCAUCUUUAUGGAGGUUUUCGUGCACAAGUCAGAAAAGUUUCAGGAAGACGACAAGAUUGGUGCGUCUAAAACUUCCGGCAGAUACAAGAACGUGUUCAUGAGUCGCUUAUCGACCGGGCUACAUGAAGCUUUCUCGAAAGUCCUCCACAAGCUGAUCCAUCCUUUGCCGUUUCUGGAAGAUCUCGUGAACGUCUUUUGUGCCAACUCGCAGUCGCCGAAGGCGUUCCUUUUCGACAUCGCGUCCCGAUUAUAUGUGGCCACCGACAACUCUCCCGUCGACUCUGCCACUCAUAAUCUGUGUUGCGACUAUCUUGCCAUGCUAAACUCUUUCGGGCAACUGUAUCGAACGCCAACCUCCCGCGACAAUCGACUGCGACUGCCUGAAGAGCCUGCAAGUACAAAUGGCCAUUCCUCCCCACCGUCCACACCUUCGUCAUCAUCAUCUACCUCCUCUCCCACCAAAAGCACCUCACCCUCUCCCGAACAAGCCCGCUUCUACCCCUCUGCCGCCGCGUCGCUGCACCCAUCGACACCGGGAACAACUCUCACAUACCAUCUCGUCACGCCCCACCUCGCGCUGGUCGCGCUGGUGCCAACAGCGGUUUACGAGGGCAGAAGAGGCCUGCUCGAAUAUAAUGUCGUCUUUGUUCGUGAGGGCGUGCAAGAGAUUUGGGAGGUUGAGCGGGAGGUAAGGAGGGCUGCGCCGCGGUACGUCAAUAUACCUGAAUUCUCUUAUCGCUGGGCGCUGAGCCUUGCAUUAAGCUGUGGCUGUGCCAAUCUUCACCUCCUCCUCCCUUUAAGUGGACCCCCUGAGGCAAAAUCUGCUGAUACUGUUUAUCUCCGCAUUCCCUGCGCGUCUAUUCGUCUCCAUCUGAAUGCGGUUGUUUCUGCCAAAUCAUUGUGUCUUCUCAGUGGCCUGCUUGACGACUUCCUGCUAUACGCUGGCCAAGAAGCUUCCCAGUGGCUGAUCGACCAAGCUCACGCCAUUUGCGAUCCCGCCCUCCGACGCGGCUCGCUGUGGGUCUGGAAGGAACAACAGCGCAAAUGGGCUCUUGUCGCUGGCUCCGAUGCGCUGGUCUCGUCCACCUACUUUUACAUCCUUCCUAAUGAAACGACGACGCCCCUAUCCCGGAUCAGUGAACGGGAGGGCAAGUCGAAAACGGCUGCGUCGGGAGAUGCCGCUGUUAUGCGGGAGCGUGUGCUGGCGCGGGACGGGUGCUGCUGGGUCACGGGAAGCUUUGAGCCGGUAUGUAACAGCCACAUUUGCCCCAAGCGAAUGGGGGAUGAUGUUGCGAGGACAAUAUUCGAAACGUUCACGGGACAGCCCCGCCCCGGCCUCUCUGUUGUUGAUCCCGUAUUCGGCGUGUGCUUGUCGCUCAACAUGGACUCAUGGUUCGACAACUACAUCAUGGGCUUCCGCUAUGUUUCGCCUGACACCUACGAGACACACAUCUUCGACAAUCAGCCUCAAUCAUUCACCGUUGGUGGCCGUUUUCGUGGAGCUACAAGUCACGAACAAAUCUACCGUCACCUCGCUCGCCCGCCAGUGCCAGGUCAUGCGUCGAAUCCUCCGCCUGGACUUUUCCGUUGGCAUUACAUGCAAUGCGUCAUCCACAGGUUUGGCGAUGACCAGUACAGAUCACUUGCCAAUAUUCGAUUCACCAAUGAAAGGUAUCGGAUGGAAGGUGAUUCGGACAAUGAGGACAACGGGACCGACGACGAUGCAGAGUGGCCAUCGAAGAUGUUCGAUGUUGGACGAGCAGUCGAGGCAGAGGAAGCAGAAGCCAAAGGUCGUCUUGAUGCAGUGUUGUCCUCGUAA